AUCUAGAUCAAUCCUGAAGAGCAAGAGCCAUCCAACGCCGACAACUCGUCUUAAGUACUACUUGCACCUAUCAGCCCAACAUGAAAAAGGUCGCCGUCUUCCCUGCUUCCGGCAAGCUGGGCUCUAGUGUCUACCUACACCUUUCCAGAUUGCUCCCUCCUGACCGGCUCAUUCUCAUAUGUCGACAUCCCGACAAGGUACCACAAGAUUUGGUCAAGUCUGGCGUCGAAGUUCGUACAGCAGACUACAACGCGCCUGAAACGUUCAAGGACGUUUUCAAUGGAGUGUCCUACCUUUGUCUGAUUUCCUAUCCCAGCAUUGAAAUCGAACACCGCUUCAGGUCUCACCAGAAUGCCAUAGCGGCGGCUCUCGAUAGCAGUCCUGGUAUCGAGCACGUCUUUUAUACAUCGCUGGGCUUCGGCGGGGAUGGCGAACCGCAGUCGGCAGCAUACGUUAUGCAAGCUCAUUUGCGAACAGAAGCAUGGCUCAGGGAACUCGCCAGCAACGAACGGAAAUUCACCUUCACGGCUAUUCGAGAGGGCAUCUACUCCGAGACAUACCUCAUGUAUACAGCAUUCUUCGACCCGAAAUCACCGGCGGAAAAGGUCAGGAUACCUCAUGAUGGCUCGGGACCGGGUGUUGCGUGGGCUUGCAUUGGUGAUCUGGGCGAAGCGACCGCGAAAUUGAUCAAGGAGUAUGUCGACAAUCCAGGUGAUCCAAUGUAUAUCAACAAGAUUAUUGUUCUCAGUGGGCCUAAAGCUUGGUCGCUGAAGGAGACAGUUGACUUGCUUGGAAGACUUGCAGGAAAGAAAGUGUCGAUUGAACAGGUCUCCUUUGAUGAGCAUGCGACAGAUCCUAAGGUUGUGGACGCGUUAGGCUCUCAUGGUCCGGGCAACAAUGUGUCAAGGGAUUGGACGACGGUGUUCGAGGCCAUUCGGAAUGGUGAGACCGCCGUUGUCAAUGGCGAACUCGAACGAUUGCUUGAGCGACCACCAGAAAGUUUUGAGACGACCGUGAAAAGGAUGCUUGGUGCUUGAUCAAAAUGAGGAGGGUGUGCAGUCGCCGGGAGACAGUGCCAACGCAAGAGCAUCAGGGGCAUAUCCUGGACUGUGUACGAUCUGAUCUGUUCAUUUGGCUAUCCAGAGGACCACUAUAAGAUACGUAGAAUAUAGAAAAUAGGCCCCACAGGAGGUGCCUUUAGCAACUGCGAGGAGUCGGAACCCCCAUCAGCGAGGCAUGAGAGAUGUCGCUACCGCGGCAGCUGCGCCCUCAUGG